AACUCAACUCUUUGCUAGCAACCAAACAUCAGCUAACAAUAAGUCGACCUCCAAUUGCCCUCCGAAAACUAGGCUAUAGGACUGUACAUACAACAGAAGAUUAAAAAAAUAUUUUUCAACAAAACAAGAUGCCCCCGGAGAAAAGGAAUAAAUUCUUGGACGUAGACGAGAGCGAAGACGACGAGAGCCAGGGCUAUAAUUCCGAGGCCGAAGAGCUUCAAAAAGGUGGUCGGACCGCAAAGCGUCGCAAAAUAAAUGACGACGACGACGCUUCCAGCGACGACGAAGACGACAAUAACGACGACGUCAGUGUGGGAGAGGAGUCCGAACACGAAGAUGCCAAAAAGCAAGAAACUUCGCGACGCGACGACAUCUCGGAUGCGAAAGCAAAAGCAAACGCAAACCGAGACAAGCCGUCCAAGUCCAAGAUCGAUGCGCUGCUGCCAGAACUACCAGACGUCUCGCGCCCCCUGACGAAGAAGAACCUGGUAGCCACCGACGCGGCGAUCAAGCGGUCCGGGCUGGUGUACCUCUCGCGCGUGCCGCCGUUCAUGAAGCCCGCGAAGCUGCGGUCGCUGCUGGAGCCGUACGGGAAGAUCAACCGGAUAUUCCUGACGCCGGAGGACCCGCAGGAGCGGGCGCGGCGGGUGCGGCAGGGGGGCAACAAGAAGCACAUGUACACGGACGGGUGGGUGGAGUUCGUGCGCAAGGAGGACGCGAAGAAGGCGGUGGACCUGCUGAACGCGCGCACCAUCGGCGGCAAGAAGAACUCGUACUACCGCGACGACCUCUGGAGCCUGCUGUACCUCAAGGGCUUCAAGUGGCACAACCUCACCGAGCAGAUCAACGCCGAGACCGCCGAGCGCACGAGCCGCAUGCGCGCCGAGAUCAGCAAGUCCACCAAGGAGAACAAGGAGUUCGUCCGGAACGUCGAGAGGGCCAAGAUGCUGGACGGCAUGCAGGCGAAGGCGGCGGCGAAGAAGAAGAGGAGUAAGGAAGUGGAAGCGGAAGCGGAAGAGGACGGGAAAGGGAAAGGAGGAGACGGUGCUGGAUUUGCUGCGAAGGGUGGUUCGGAGGGUAAGAGCUUGCGGAAGUUCAAGCAAGCGUCCGUGGCUAAAAAAGGGGUGGUGGAUAAAGCUCCUGAGGAGGCUAAACGUGUAUUGAGCAAACUUUUUUAAAUCUGUGAAUAAUGAUACCCGAUAUUUUACAUAUUACUGGCAUUGAAAUGAUACGAUAUGGUUAUG